CGACAAUCAAUCUCAUCCCUAUCUAGACAAUCAUCGACAAUAAAUUCAUCAACAAAGAAUGAUGACACACUAUAACAUAACCCUUUCAUAAUUUCCUCCCAAAGCUGGACUUGGUAAAAACAACCAUUUUCAGUGUCGCCCUCGGUCUCUCUCACAUCCUCGUAGAAGAGGCCCAUUAACACUUCUCCCCCACGCGCCAUUCACAACGACGACGUCUCCGAUGCCUGCCGGUGAAUUCGUCAGCCCAAUCCCACCACCUCCGGAUUCCGCCGAAGAAGAGUCGUGGCUGUGGACCCGGAUCAAAGACGAGGCUCGGCGUGACGCCGAAUCCGAACCAGCUCUCGCCAGCUAUCUCUACUCCACUAUCCUCUCUCACUCUUCUCUCGAGAGGUCUCUAUCCUUCCACCUUGGGAACAAGCUGUGUUCUUCAACCCUUCUUUCAACUUUGCUCUAUGACCUCUUCCUCGACACCUUCUCCAACGACGACGCUCUCCGGUCAGCCACCGUCGCUGACCUUCGCGCCGCCAGGUUUCGUGACCCGGCUUGUGGUUCUUUCUCUCACUGCUUGCUUAAUUACAAAGGGUUUCUGGCUUGUCAGGCUCACCGAGUGGCACACAAGCUUUGGACACAGUCCCGAAGAUCAUUAGCUCUUGCACUCCAAUCCCGAAUAUCUGAUGUCUUUGCAGUUGACAUCCACCCAGCAGCCAAAAUUGGCAAAGGCAUUCUCUUUGACCAUGCAACUGGAGUGGUUGUCGGCGAGACUGCAGUGAUUGGCAACAAUGUCUCAAUUCUCCACCAAGUAACUCUAGGUGGGACUGGUAAGGCCGGAGGUGACCGGCACCCAAAAAUUGGCGAUGGAGUGCUAAUUGGUGCGGGGGCAACGAUAUUAGGCAAUGUGAAGAUUGGUGAGGGUGCAAAGAUUGGUGCCGGGUCAGUGGUUUUGAUCAAUGUGCCACCAAGGACAACUGCUGUGGGUAAUCCGGCGAGGUUGGUGAAAGGAAAGGCCACGCCAACAGAGCUUGAUGAAGUACCUGGGGUGUCUAUGGAUCAUACUUCAUAUAUUUUCGAUUAUGUGAUAUGAUUUGAAUAUGAUUGUACCGGCAAUUUGGCAUUGAAGUUUUAUCAGAGGGAAGGUAUUUUUAGUCAAUUAAGACCAUCCUGUAUUUGGUCUGUUGCUACUUACCUGGCUGGUAGGUGUUACCCACAUGAAUGCUUGCAGUAAUAUGUAUUAUUAUCGACCUUUUUGGUUUUUGUGGUUUUGGAAAAUAUGUGACAACAAUAGACAGGGUAUUGAGGCAUAGAUGUAAUUUAAUGGGAUUUUUUUUGGAGGCAUAGGAUUUUAAUGGUGCUGCUAUGGCGGGUGACCAUUGAGGCCUGCCCCUUCUUAAAUGGAUAUGCAUAUUGUGAUGAAAUGGAU